AAUUUGAUAGAAAAGGGAUAUCUCAAUUUUAGUUUAUCAUUUGGCUUUGCUUUGUCUUCCAUUUCCAUGAUUUUGCAUAUAGUCUUGUUUAUCAACGAAGGAAGGAGUUUAUGAGAAAUCUGCAUUUUAUGAACAAAAUUUCACAGGAAUUUAACACCAUCGGCUCAUGUCUGUUGUCUGAUAAAGUGAAACAUGCUCCCAACGCACAUCUCUCUUCCUCUCCAAAAUCAUGUCCAUCUUUUGACCCUACCUUGGCUUCACAUUCUCACUCAAAUGUCAUGACCCCACUCAUAAAGUCACUACCCACCCAUCCUAUCAAUCACAUCUCUCUCUCUCUCUCUCUCUCUCUCUCUCUCAUGGUUGGUCUCUCUCACGCAUCAAAUUAAACUGCUCACUUCUAAAACCACCCAAGCAACUGCUGCACCUGACCACUACACCUCUUCCAUACCUCUUCACAAUGUUUUGCAGUUGCUUUACCCUUUCACCUUCAGUUCCCACUAUGUUUCUUCUUCUGCUUCCCUUCUUUCUCUCUCCUCUUCCUUCUGUCUCCAUCACCCAUGCAAGGAAACAACCGCCAGCACCAGCCCCUAAUAAGAGUCUCCUGUCAACCAACGACAUGCUUCACUCGGAGGCUGAGACCCUUUUCAGGAUCAUGGACUCCUUGUCCUCUGAUCAAUCCUGGAGAACUUCUUACCCCAACCCUUGUAAGUCUGACUCACUUUGGCCUGGAAUUGAGUGCCGAUUAGGACCAGAUAACCACUUCCAUGUCUCGAGGCUUGAUUUUGGUACUCGUCCAAAUCCAACAUGCAAGAGCACUGCUACAUUUCCUAACCAAAUCUUUGCUCUUCCUUUUCUUCAAUCUGUUUUCUUCUUGAAUUGUUUCACUCACACCAAAACCCUUCUCUCUGUUCCUCCAAAUAGACUGUCAAAUUCUUCGCUUCAGCAACUUAGUCUUAGAUCAAACCCAGCGCUUGUUGGUCCAAUCCCACCUCAAAUUUCCUUCCUAAAGUCCUUACAAAUCCUCACAUUGUCACAAAAUCGCCUUUCUGGGCCUAUUCCGGUUGGGAUUUUUAGGUUGAGCUCCUUGAUACACCUUGAUUUGAGCUAUAAUAUUCUCACAGGUGCUAUACCAAUUGGAUUGGGUAAUCUUAGAAACCUAGUGGGCCUUGAUCUAAGCUAUAAUUCGCUUACUGGCACAAUUCCAGGCACUAUCGGCCAACUGGGUUUGCUUCAGAAACUUGAUUUGAGUUCAAAUUCGCUUAAUGGUCGUAUUCCUGAUACCAUAGAGAAGCUCAGUUCAUUGGCUUUCAUGGCUUUGAGUAACAACAGAUUCAGUGGAAAUUUUCCAGCCGGAUUGUCAAAGUUACAAAGCUUGCAGUAUUUUAUCAUGGAUGACAAUCCAAUAAGUAUUCCUUUGCCAGUAGGGUUCGGUAAGCUAGUGAAACUACAAGAGCUAAGGCUUGCCAAUUCGGGGUAUUCAGGCACUAUUCCACCCAGCUUUUCUCUGUUGAUGAAUCUAAGCACAUUGUCUCUUCAGAACAACAGAUUGAUAGGUGAAAUUCCGGCAGGUUUUGCCAGUCUCUCUCACAUUUAUCACUUGAAUCUUAGCAGAAACUUGUUGGGAGGAGUUGUGCCUUUCGAUGCAAGUUUCUUGAAGAGGCUAGGAAGGAAUUUGGACCUAAGUGGUAAUCCAGGCCUAUGUUUGAGUCCAACUGAAGCAUAUAAUGUCAAGAUUGAAGUUGGAGUUGGUGUCUGUGAAACCAGCAAGAAUAGCUCUUUGAUCAGGAAAUCUGAAGCUUAUCACGGGUUCUCCAAACCAUUCUUUCUAUUUGGUGGUCUUCUUGUUCUUGUAUUGCACCCAAUACUGUUUUAGUGAUUUUAGUAUCAUAUUAAUCACUUCUCUAAAUUAAAAUUGCGGGUUUUCUUUA